AUGGCUCUCAGGUGCGCCCUCGCAGCUCUUGCUAUUGCCGCUGGCGUGAAUGCACAGACGACGGAUAAUUCGAACUUCUACUCCCUCACGGACGACUACUACUAUGGCAACACUAAGAGCUCGACAAGGACAUCGAUGUUUUGGACGGCCACAAUUCGCUACGUUCCUUCUGUCUCAGAAAAAGCCUACACUUAUACUUACGGGGAGCCAUCGACCACCACCUACCGAUAUACCGACCUCGCAACUAUCAAGCCAACCGUAACACCUACAGUAACGCCGACAUCGACGUACUUGACCAGCUACUACUACUCGAAUGUCGCAGUUGUCGAAGAGUAUUACGCUACCGGUGCGGUCGCGGAAUCUGAUAUCAGCACCUACGAUGGAUACGAUUAUUCGACUGCGACAGCUUCGACAAGGACGACCUACAGCUCGAUAGAGUACUACAUGCCAGUCACCAUGACAGCACCCGCAAGCUGUCCGACCAUCUUCACAGUGGCUACACAGGCCGAGAUCACAGAUGUCCCUUCCAUUGUCGCGCCCCAGUUGAAGCCCGCAUCGACAGAGGUCAGCGUCAGCAGUGGUCGUUCAUACGAUUAUGAGAUCCAAACAUGGUGGCUCACCGAGGGCGCGGCACCCUUCACCAGUACGGACGACAUCUACUACAGCUACUACAUCGCGUCUUGCACACCACCACCAGCCCGAUCAACAGCCGGAUCUCGCAACGGAGAUGGUUCUGGAUCUGGCACCGGGUCCAGCUCUGGAUCCGACGACGACUCCUGGUACGACUACCGCAUGUGCUACUUCAGCGGGUGCACAAGCGUGAAGACAUGGAUCAUCAUCCUCGCGACCGUGCUGCCCGGCAUCUUCCUGUUGGGAUUCUUCGAGUCCUGGUUCUGGUACACGCGCCUUAUGAAAGGCAAGUCGGCCAUGCGCUGCGGCACAGUGUGCUGGAUCCUGCUUUCGCUGUGGGUUCUGUGCUUCACGCGCAUGCAAGACGCGCGCAGCAAGGAGGACCAAAAGGCGCUGCAGCAGCAGUGGAAAGAGAUGCCCGCGGGCAAGAAGUUCAAGAACUGGUCCUGGGGCUUCAGACGCCGAUACCCUGUUCCCAUCCUCGGACAGUUCUCGAGGCAGACUGUUGGUAUCGUGCCGGAGGGUCAGCCGCUGCAUCCUGCUAUGGCUCAGGCACCGCCUGGACAAGUGUUCUACUACGGUCAUCCUCCUGGCGCGCCGGGGUGGCAGCAAGGUCCCAACGGCGGUGCACCGGGAUAUGCAAUGCAGCAAGGCUACCUGCAGCAGGGCGGUUACUAUGCAGCCCAUGUGCCCAAGGGCGGCGUGGUAGUCGGGUCUCAGUCUGUCCCCGGCACAGCAACAUCACAGGGCACAGCGACACCACCGCAGGCGCCUCAGCCGAUGUACCACCCUCCUACAUCGCUGCCGACGAACGCUCAGUUGCCUCCACUGCCUCAGCAGGCGCCGUUAUCUGUUCCCGGGACAGCCCCUCCGGCACAUGCUCCUUCAGCAGCUGCUGCUCCAGCGGCUGUCUCCGCGCCCCCAGCAAAUGUGAGCGAGGCCCCUGCUAAACAGACGCGAGAGACUCCAGCAACAGAGACGGCACCAGCGCCGGCCGCAACGCAGGCGCAUCCCACGCAUCCUGCGCCAGCGAAGAACGAGACGAACGAUGACCUGUAUAAGUAG